AAAUACCAGUCGUUGUUACGAACUCACUGGUUACCCGGUAGGUUGGACAGCAACAUGUUGACUAACAAGGACAUUCUACCUUCGGCAUUACUCGCCAUAUUUACUGCAGUGAUCAUAGCAGGAUCUGAUAUUCCUUGCUCACCACGAUUCGGAGACAGCGGGUUCGUGUGCGUCUGUAACGCCACCUACUGUGACACCUUCACCUACCCUUCUCGUUCCACUGAGAACUUCACCCACAUCUUCACCAGCAACCACACGCCGGGCUACAACUUUCUCUGGGGCACUGUAAAGAACGCGUCCACACUUCCCAUCAACUUGGCUGAUCAGUCCAUAACAGUGAAUGUAAACAUAAGUAACAAGUCUCAUAGACUCAAAGGCAUUGGUGGAUCAUUUACGGACUCUUUCUGUAUCAAUGUCAAAAGUCUCAGUGAAGAAGCAGGAAAUAAUCUUUUAAGGUCUUACUUCUCACGAAGCGGAAACGAGUACAAGAUGGCAAGAGUGCCGAUUGCCAGUUCGGACUUUUGUACAAGGACUUACACUUACGAUGACACGCCAGGUGAUGUCAAUCUGGAAUAUUUUAAACUUGCACCAGAAGAUUACACUUACAAGAUUCCAGUUAUCAGCGCUGCUAGGCAGAUGAGUCCACACAACCUAUAUCUGUUUGGGUCUCCAUGGACAAGUCCUAAUUGGACUAAAAAUGACAAUUCCUACACCCGUGGAUACAUGAAGGAGGAAUAUUUUGGGUACUGGGCCAAAUAUUUGCUGCGGUUUCUGGAGGAAUACAGGAAGGAAGGUAUCGAGUUUUGGGGAUUUUCACCAUUCAACGAGCCUAUCAACGCUCUGUACCUCAAGCAAUACCUUAUAAACAGCAUGCAAUGGUUACCCAUGGCUCACAGGGUGUUCAUAAGAGAUCACCUGGGGCCACUCCUGCGCGCUUCUCCUUUCAACGCCACCAAGCUACUUACCUUCGAGGACGGACGUUGGUUCUUAGAGUACUGGCUGGACAGGGUAAUGGUGGAUAAGGCUGUAGCAGACUACAUAGACGGAGUGUCAUUACACUGGUACAGGGACACCCAGUCGCCGCCAGAUCUGCUUGACAAAAUGUUCAAGAAAUACAACAAAUUUUUACUCUACACUGAAGCUUGUAUAAUUCAUCGGUUGGAUCCUAACUCAACUCUGACCGUUGAUUUGGGAUCCUGGAUACGAGGAGCAGCAUAUGCCACAGACAUUAUUGAGGUGAUCAACCAUUUUUCUAUCGGAUUCAUCGACUGGAACAUGGCCCUGAACACGGAUGGAGGCCCGGUGUUUCCCACCUCAGGUCCCGUGGACGCCCCCGUCAUCGUGAACGCCUCCGCGGACGAGUUCUACAAGAACCCAAUGUUCUACGUUCUCGGCCACUUCUCCAAGUUCAUCGGUGAAGGAUCGUACCGUGUGGACUCCACUUCUGAACCCUCGUCCAGCAUCAGUCACCUAGCCACCUUAAACCCUGACGGCAGCAUCUCCACUUUUAUGUACAACCCAACUGAAAGUGAUAUCACUGUCAUCUUGCAUGACGUCAUCAAUAAGAAAAUAAUGAACAUCAGCAUGAAAGCGGAAUCUCUCAACACCGUUGUCUGGUGGUGAAUACAUCAUUAAUCUGUUAGUGUAUAGUUACAUUCUUUGUUAACAGAAUUGUUGUCAUAAAAACUUAGCUUGUUUUAGCUAAGAAUAACCUUCAUCAAAUAAUUAUUCUAACCUUAUCUCUCAUAAUCUUAAAGAAGUUACAUUAAGGCCAAGGUUCAAACUGGGCAAAAAACAACAUUGCUAGUCCAUAUAAUUUUGUAAAUAUGAAUUAAUCUUUAUGAAAAAAAUAAAUUUCUCUUACUGCUCA